CCUACAGGACCAACAUUUAGAAGAGCAUGGGAAUGAGACAUCAGUAAAGGAUACUGAUCUUCAAGAAAUAGAAAAAAAUGUUAUGUUCUGAGUCUGAAAAAUUAUGUCCGUCAUGCAAGGUAAUUGUGCCAAGUGCUGUGUUUGCUGACCACUUUAAAGAGUGCCUACAAAAAUUUAAGCGGACUAGAGGAGGAUGUAAAAAGAAAUUACCUGAUGCCAAUAGGGAGGGAGAAACAAAUCAGCAAAAGGAACAUCAACCAGUAUUACCCUGUCCAGUUUGCAAGAAGCCUUUUAAAUCUAAGACUCAGCGUGUGUCACAUGUCAAAGCCUGUGCUCAUGGUCAUGGAUUGACAUCAGAGCAGCUUCUUCUGGCCUCAAGACUACUGGAAAAACAAACAGAGGAGUGGAGUGAACUGGGACUCCCCUCUGUUCAACAGCCCCAGAACUCCAAACCAAAAGCACAAAAAGCUGUGAAGCAUACAGAAGACCUAAAUGAUCCUGAUAUAGCCAUGGCUCUUGCUAUGUCUCGGUCCAUGGUUGAAGAGGAGGUGGAAUCAAGAACCUCAAGAGAGGAAAAACUAUUUGCUCUUGGGAUGGAAGAUAUUGUGAAUGAGGAUAGGAAGGUCAAGCCUGUGCUGCUUCUACCACCAGAUGCUGUCAGUAGUAAAACAUCAGCAAGGCAAAUGAAGAAAACUGCAAAGAACCGUAAAGGAUGCUGUCGGAUUUAUAAUACUGCAUUAGUCACACGCUCUGUGGAGGAGAGGGAGAGGCUGAUCAGUGAAAAAGUUGCAGUACUGUUAACCUCUUCUGAUACUGCAGAAGGUGGAUGGGCCAAUAGUGAGACUCCAAAACAUUCCAGAAGAUUAGCUUCUCUAGUGAACAAGACAUGCCAGCUUUGGGAAGCUGCCAGAAGUGGCACUGAUGAGCCUAUCCACAGUUUCUAUGUCCCUGACUUGGAACCAUACAUUAUUCCUAAAGAGACAGUCAUUGGGUCUCUCUUCAGGCAUCUCUCACAAGUUCCAGGUCGUGUGAACACCACUGCCCUGCAUGCUAUGGAUGAGGAGUCUGAGUCAGAAUGUGAAACAGAGACAACCUCAGAAGUAGAAGACUUUUGCACACAGAUGGUCUUAGCUGAGCUCAUGGGUUCUCAAGAAGAGCAGGACCAUAGUUCAGAAACAGAGUGGGAGCAGACAUCAGAAGUGAUGGACACUCAGGGUUUCCUUUUACCUAGCCAGAUUGCUAAAACACAAAGGGAAAGCAAAGUGAACACCAGCUUACUUGGCAGUGAUCCUGGCUUGCAAUUUCGUGAACUAAAUGGAAACAAUACUGUUAAUAAUGAGAGAGCUGUCAAAGAAAAUUUCACUUACAAUAGUCAGAUACAUAAUUGUAAGGAAAAUACUACAGAGCUGAAAGAAAGCUCAAAUUUAAAAAACAAGGGUGAUAAGUCGCCAUUAUUAGAAGGUUUUUUACAUGUAUAUGAAGAGAACUAUGAAAAUAUUGGUACUCAUUCAUCCAAAAAACAAGAUGAUUUUGACCACAACACAGAUCCAGAUGUCCAUGAUGAUGAUUCUGAUAAUAGAUGUGAAUCUGGUGAUAGCAUAUCAGAAACCAUAAGAUCCAGUCAAAACAAUAAAAGAGAGGCCAUCUGUCAGGAAAAAGAUACAUUCCAAAAUGUUCAAAUACUGUUUGAAUCAACAAAACAUACUGAGGCUAUUUCAGAGGAUGAAACUCUAAACCACAAUACUUCAGCCACUGCAAAAGAAUCCAUGUUAGUUUUGCCUCACUUAAGGGCAUCUUGUAAGACAAAUAACAAAAAACAUCAUGCAGAAAAUGUAGGCUUCAAACUUGAUAUAGAUUCUAGAGGUCAGUCCCAAAAACAUGAGUCAAAUAUUGAUAUUGCUUUUAAUGUAGUUGGUUGUAACGACUCUUUAGGGCUUCAUUCUUUAUGCAGUAUACCCUCACCAAAUAGCAGUUCAUGUAAGAAAUAUGACAGUAAUAAGAAACAAUUGGAAGAUAGCCCAUUGCAUUCUUUACAGUAUGAUAAAGAUCCAUAUACAACACCCAAAAAAGCCUGUGAGUACAAGAAGGCAGGUUUGGAAGUUUCAUGUAUGGGAUCAUCUAAAUUUCAUGGAAACAAUAGUAUGCUCCAAUCUAGUGGAAAGGAUUAUUCAAAAACUAAUAAGCAACUUGAGCAUGAAAUAGCAAAUUCUGCAUUUAAGGAAAAAACACUCAUAAAGGAUAACUUUGCUAAUAAUAAAAGUGACUUCAUGAUAGACACAUUAAUUCAAAACUGGAAAGACAUUUUGCAAAGUGGUACUGAAAGUGAUGUUACUAUUAUAACAUCUGAUGGUUCUUCCUUGACAGCUCAUUCUAUUGUUCUUCUUGCAAGGUGUUCACAGCUCUAUAAGGAAAGUAAGGCAUGUGGAAACUUCAUCAAGUGGGACAACAUACCACAAAAGACUGCUCGUCACUUUUUGUCAUACCUGUACACCGGCAUAUGUGAAGUCACUACACCUGGUGAUCCUCUAUGGAUUGAGUUGUAUGAUGUAGCUCUUCGAUAUAACUGCAGUGAUCUUGUUUCAUAUAUGGAACUUAUUUAUAAAGCUAAAAGAAGUCCUGUGAAAACUCCUUAUGCAAGUUUCCAAAGAAACUGUUUUGUAAAUUCAGAUUUAAAUGUAAUACCUUCAGUUAGAAAAGUAAACAAAUGUAUUACACCUUCACUGAAAAUACCUGUUGUAAAUUUGGAGGAAGAUUUAGAGCUUAUAAAUGGCCCAUCAGAUUCUAUGAGUGAUUCAGCAAAGAAAUUUAUGAUGGAUGGGAAAACACUGAAGCCAACCAGACUUUUCAGUGAAAAGACACAAAGAGAACUGGAUUACAAAACUUCACCAGAAAACAGAGUUUCUGAAUUUGACUUAACUGUCAACCACAAGGAACCACAAGGUGAAAGUGAGUGUCAGGAGAAGGAUGAAGGAACAGAGUCACCUGAUUUGUUUGAAUCAUUUUGCUCUAGAAGUUGUACUACCUCACCUUUGAGUUGUCCAACAGUAACAGGUAUCCCACAGCACUCUUCUCAUGGAAACCUGGUUCACUCGAUACCCAAAGAACAGAGAAACAUUUGUCAAGAACUACCAAAGACAAGCUCUUCAUACAAACUGCCUUUAUUAGUUGAAAGAAAGGAAGGCAAGAAAACUGGCAGCAUCAAAGAUAUUACUGGACAUGAGCAAGAUAUCCUAGCUACAAUAUCAAACUCUUUACUUCCCACACUGCCAGAUAGAUAUGAGGAAAAUGACUGUGAUGAUAACAGUGAUGACUUAAGACAGAGUGACUCAGAAGCAAGGAUAACAGAUCUUUUAUUUAGUGACUGUAGAACAGAGAAUGUAUAUAAAGAUUCUGUAAAGAAAGUGGAUUGUAUAGAUGAUGAAAAUAAAAAGUCACCUAUUGGUGAGACAGUGGACAUACAUGAAUGCUAUAUUAGUAAUAUCUGGGAUGAUUUUGAUGCUGGAGGUUCUCCUGUGAUGGUCUUUGAGGAGGAUUCCACUUUCAGCAGUCCAAUACCCAAAGUUUGUGAUAAAAUCAAGAGUGAUGAUAAACUAGAAUCAUGUGCCACACCUAUUGCACAGUCUUCCAGCCAUCAUGCUGCUUCCACACCUCUGUUACAUGAUAAAGAUUUUCUUCAGAGGGACAUAUGUAGCAGCACAUUACAGUCAAGUAAGCUUGAGGAAAGUGAGGGCUCUAAACUUGAGAAUAAAUGUACUGUAUCAGCAAAAUUUGAUUCUAUAGAAUUCACAAAGGGCCAGCCUAGUGAUGAAACUCUAGUAAACAUAGCAGCAGAAGUUGAACAGUUGGAUGAUAAUAUCCAUCAAACAGUUAAUGAAGCAGAGUCAAAGCCAGUAACACCAGUCAAAACAUGUUGUACACCUGCAACACAUCAGAUUUACUUCUCGAAAAGGAAGGAGGUGACCCCCCAGCCAGAUUAUAAAAACAUGAAGUCACCUGAUUUGAAGAAAGAGUUGCAGAAAUAUGGUAUCUGUGCCUUAGGACGCAAGAAAGCUGUGAUGGUGCUGCAGCAUGUCUAUGAACAGACUCACCCAUUUGUUACUGAUAGUGAAGCAGAGACCAGCUUCUCUCAGACACCUCAAAAAAAUGCAGUCAUACCAACAGAUAGACCAAAAUUACUGCAGUCUCAGAUGAGGAAAAAAGGAAGAUUUGGGUUAGCAUCAGUGGAACUAAAAUCAAACAAGAAAAAUGCAACAAGAGAAGUAGCUCCAGAAGAAUCUGCCUUACCUGUGGAGGGUGAAAGAGAGAAAGAGGAGAGUGAAGAGAGUCAGUUAAAUUCAUCUACCAGUUCUGAAGGCUCUAGUGGGUACCUCUUUGGAGAAACUGUGUUCUCUCCUGAGGAAGAAGACAACCUCUCAUCUACUCAGCAAGCUGACCUUGCAAGUCAGGUGCGGGAGAUGAUUGUUAGCAACAGCGAUCUACAUAGAAAAGUGCUUCUGUACGAACCUAUCUUUGUGGAAGAUCUGCAUGCUAUCCUAAAAUCCAACAAAACCAAAUGCAGCAUUCAGGCCCUGUUAGAUGUGUUAGAUGACUUAUGCCUUAUUGUACGGACACAAGCAAACCAGAACAGAUGUCAGAUCAGGGCAUCAAAGACAAGGAAAAAGACUUCACCCAAAAAAAAAACCUGAUUAAAGUUUGUUCACAGAAAGCACUCCUGAGAACGGCUAUCAUCACUAAUACUUGACACAAAGGAGAGAAAGUGUGAGAGAUUGAGCAUGUGUGUAUAUUUACCUAGUUGUGACAAAGUAAAAGAGCUAUGCUUGUGCUGUCUCAUCCAUAUCUGUUUUUAUCCAGCUUUAUCUUAAAUUUGUUUAUCAUAUUGCCAUCAAUGACUUCUCUGCCCAAAUCAUUCCAGACCUCCAUAUCCAUCUAUGUGGGGAAGCUAUUUAUUCUUAACACCUCUACAAGCAUCUUUUUACAGUUUUCUCCCAUGUCUCCUUGAG